GUGGUAGGGGCUCGGGGAGGUGCUCGCUCUCUCGGUCUCGCUCUCUCGCUCGCUUCCCCCGGCUCCCUUCGGUGCCCCCCCCGGUCGCCUGCGUGCCGGAGUGUGUGCGAGGGAGGGGGAGGGCGUCGGGGGGGUGGGGGGAGGCGCUCCGGUCUCGGGGAGGCCCGCUGUGGGAGGCGCAGGCUGCGAGGGACUCCGGGAAGCCAUGGACGUCGAGAGGCUGCAGGAGGCGCUGAAAGAUUUUGAGAAGAGGGGUAAAAAGGAAGUUUGUCCUGUCCUGGAUCAAUUUCUUUGUCAUGUAGCCAAGACUGGAGAAACUAUUAUCCCUUUUACUAUUCAACGACUAUGUGAAUUGCUAACUGAUCCAAGGAGAAAUUAUACAGGAACAGACAAAUUUCUCAGAGGAGUAGAAAAGAAUGUGAUGGUUGUUAGCUGUGUUUAUCCUUCUUCAGAGAAAAACAAUUCCAAUAGUUUAAAUCGAAUGAAUGGUGUCAUGUUUCCUGCAAAUUCACCAAGUUAUACAGAGAGGUCUAAUAUAAAUGGGCCUGGAACACCCAGGCCACUUAAUCGGCCAAAGGUUUCUUUGUCAGCCCCCAUGACAACAAAUGGUUUGCCUGAGAACACUGACAGCAAAGAGUCAAACCUACAGCAAAAUGAGGGCAAAAACCACAGUGACUCACCAACAUCUGAAACAGAAAAUUCCUCGCUGAGCCCUAUAAAAAAUAAACAUCCAGAUGAAGAUGCUGUGGAGGCAGAGGGGCAUGAGGUGAAAAGACUCAGAUUUGACAAAGAAGGGGAAGUAAGAGAGACAGCCAGUCAGUCCAGUCAGACAACUUCCAGUGAAAUGUCUUCUGUUAUGGUGGAAGAAACCGAAGCAUCAUCUUCAUCUCAGGAUAAAGAUAAAGAAAAUAGUUGUACCAGACAGCACUGUACAGAAGAGGAUGAAGACGACAAUGAAGAGGAAGAAGAAGAAUCUUUUAUGACAUCAAGAGAAAUGGUCCCAGAAAGAAAAAAUCAAGAGAAAGAAUCUGAUGAUGCCUUAACUGUGAAUGAAGAGACUUCUGAGGAAAAUUAUCAAAUGGAAGAAGCUGAUCUGUCUCAAGCUGAGAAAGAUUUACAUUCGGAAGGUAGUGAAAAUGCAGGAUCUGUAAGUAGUGGUUCUGAAAGCCAGGAAACAGCAGAAGCAGUAGUGGGAUCCAAUUCCAGUAAAACUGCAGAGAGUCUCUCAGAGUCAUUCAUGGAAAACGACGAAGCCACCCAAGUGACAGAUGAACCUAUGGAACAAGACUAAUUAUUUAGAAACAUUUAGAUGCAGUAUUUUACAAACAGUUCUGGUUUUACACUGUAUAAAUUUUUUGUGUAAUAAAGUGGACCUAUAGUUUUACAAGAGAAGCAGGUUGUAAAAUUAAGUACUUUAUGGAAUAAAUCCUGAAAGAGUUGUACAUUUUAGAACUGUGACUAUCAGCUCCUCUGGGUCUUUCUUACUGCUGACUUUUUGGUCUGGUCAAAUCAGUGGUUUGUGUAUAGAUUUUUUUUUUUUAAUAAACAUUUUUAAACUGAAAGAUAAUAUUAUAAUUUUGAAAACUUUUUGGAGAUUAUCACAUUUAGUUUAUCCAUAUGCAAGAAAGCUUUUUGUCUUGUCUCGUUCUGACCCUUCUAGUGGUUUUCAUAUUUUGGUCAUAGUUUCAACAUUUUCACAUGUGAAUUAUAUAGGGUUUCAUGCUGGUUUCCAGAUUUUAUUGUUUGACUAUGUACAAUGGAACUUUAAGUCAUAUAUACAUAUAUAUAUAAAUAUAUAUAUACAUAUAUAUAUAUUAUUCUAACGGAAAUGUUAUAUUUUUCUGUUUCUAUAAAGAGAUGAAUACAGUGGAUACUUUUUCUAUUGGUAAUGAUUGAGUCCACCUCUUUCAGAAGACAGUUUCUUUUCUCUUCUGAGUAAUUCAUAUAAAAUCUGGCCCUUGUGAAACUCUGGCAAUCUUAAGUCUGUCGAAGUACCAGGUUAAACACAUUCCAAGAAAUCUGUUCAAACUUAAAUUCUUUUGUAUACUUCUGAGGUGCCUGAGAAUAAGACUUCAUUAUUUAUGGGAAAAAAUGUGCUUUAUCUUGGAAAUUGUGGUAGAACAUUAGGUCACUAUUUUGUAGAAUGAAUGCUUAUAAAGCUGACAAAAGACCAUCUCAGAAGAACUGAGCAGGUUCCUUGACCUUUUGCUUGCUUUUCUCAACAUUGUGAAUAUUACACAUUUAUUUCUAAAUUAUUCUAGGGUAUGCCAAUGUCAAUGGUAUGAAACACCACUGUACUGGAAGAAUUAAUAUAUUACUUUAGUAAUGUACCUGGGCUAAAUGACUGAAGCUUUAGGGGUGCAUAGAAACCAACAUAAUUUGUAUGACAUUUUGAAGUGAAUUAAAUAUUUUUGAACAUGCUUCUUCGACAGCCAGUGUUAUAUUUUCAGAUCAACACAAAGCACAAUGAUUCCUCUAAACUCAAUAUUUUCAAAUUCACAUAUUUAAAGUCAUGCAAGUUGCAACUUCCCUGUCAAAAUUACUGGCUGCCAAAUUUAUACCUGUUUCUUCAGCUGUACCUUUUGAUAUUUAGAAUUUUUAAAUUUCUGUAAAGUAGAUUUUGUAGAAUGUAAUGUGUUCACUGCCUUUGUGAAGCGGUAAAUAAUUGUAUAAUUUCUGUGUGUAAACUGAAUGCUUGGGCUUUCAAUACAGUAUUCAUAUAAAGCAAUAAAUAUUAAUGUUAUGAAA